CUCCAGUGCAAUAUCUGUCAAAGUAAAGUACUAAAAUCGAGUGAAAUUUAGUUCGUUAACGUGUAAAGUUUUUCUUAUAUUCUACAAAUUUGCCUUAAAUUUUUUAUAUUCAUAUACCAAUUAACUUUUUUAUGUUGAGUAAAUAGUAUUAAGAUACAGAAAAUGUCGUCCAGAAAAACCGUAAGCCGCCGUGGAACAACAAAGAAACGUGCCCAAAGGGCCACUUCAAAUGUGUUUGCUAUGUUUGAUCAAGCCCAAAUAGCAGAAUUUAAAGAAGCUUUUAAUAUGAUCGAUCAAAACCAUGACGGUUUCGUGGACAAGGAAGAUCUACAUGAUAUGCUUGCAUCAUUAGGAAAAAAUCCAAAGGAUGAUUAUUUGGACGGAAUGAUGAACGAGGCGCCCGGUCCGAUAAACUUCACCAUGUUUUUGACAUUGUUCGGGGAACGUCUCCAAGGAACCGACCCAGAAGACGUAAUUAAAAACGCUUUCGGCUGUUUCGACGAAGACAACAACGGAGUCAUAAACGAAGAACGCCUUCGAGAGCUCCUAACAACAAUGGGCGAUCGUUUCACCGACGACGAGGUAGAUGAGAUGUACCGAGAAGCUCCAAUUAAGAACGGAUUGUUUGAUUACGUUGAAUUCACUCGCAUUUUGAAGCAUGGAGCUAAGGAUAAGGACGAGCAGUAACUUAUCUGGUUGGUUGCGGUGGAACAUGUUUAUCAUACAACUAAGUGGAUCAUGUAGGGUAGAAUGCAGCACUGUAUUUGAUUUUCCAAGCUACAUUGUAAAUAUAAAAUGAGACAUUUUUCAUAAGCAUGUAAUGUAUUACCUUUUUUUUACUAAUAUUCAAUAUAUAAUUAAAUUAUA